AUGAAUGGAUCAAUAUUGAGCUAUAGGCUAAUUUUCAAUGAUGUUUCGAAGACAAGGUUCCAUAAUUUAGCUACGCGUCUCUUAAUCAUAAGUUCAUGUAUCGAAGCUCUCUUUUGGUCAUUAGUUACAUCGAAUAAUAACCAACUUUUGAUAUGGAUUCCUAAGUUUUUUUUAAAGUUAGUGCUUAGUUACAUCAUUAAUAUCUGUAUUAUUACGACACGAAAGCAAUAUUUAUACGUUCAAUCAAGAGAUCACUCGAACAUUGCGGUAGCAUUAAUAAAAGAAAUGUUUACAGUAAGAUGUAUAAUAUAUGAAUUCAUAUACAUCAUUAGUUGUAUGUUAAUAUCACUCGUGAUGAAAGACACUAUAGGGCCAGCAUUUUUGGAUUAUGAUUUUUUAAAUUAUUUUCAAAUAUAUAUCUGGUUUAUUAUACCUUCUACUUAUACAUUUCAACAUAUGUGCUUGAAUGUUGACAAAUUAUCAUUUCUAUUUGGAUAUUCCAUUCAAGAUCCCCAAGACUAUAUUGUGGGACGAUUUCAUAAGAUAGUAAUCAAAUCAGCGAUUUUGGGACUAAGCUGUAACUUCAUUUCCCUAAUAAUAUUUUUCAGUUUUACUGAUCUGUCAAUUGUGAAUUUUAAAUUCCAAGGGUAUCUAAUAAUAUUAUCAUUCUACAUUUUUAUGAAAUUCGAGUUUGCAAACUUAACAUUUUCAGCAUAUAUGUCCAUUGGCUGUUUAUACAAAGGUAAACCAAUAUCAUUAUUAUCUAGAACUCCAAUCGAGACUCUUUUAUCUGGACUUCUCUCAGGACACGAGUUUACUAAAUUGACAGCCUUUCAAGAACUUUUAUAUAGAUCAACAUUGUCUUCUCCUCAUUACAGAUAUCCAAUCUAUGAUUUGGCUAUCGAUAAUCCAAUUAUCUGGAAUCAACUAUUGGAGUCAUGUUUGGUUAUCAUACAGGCGACAAAUGAACCGGUAGAAUCGUAUAUCCAUGCAGUAAGAAAUAAUUAUAUCCCAUUCCAUAAAUAUAGAGAACCAAAAAACAAUAUCACAACAGGAAGCUAUUAUAAGGUUUCAACAAAAAACCAAUCUAUGAUGAAUAAUGGUUUUAAUGAGAAAUAUUUGAGAAAUGAGUCAACUAAUGAUAAUAGUUACACGUUACUGCCUGAUUUAGUGAAUAUACUUUAUCAAAGCUUAGCAUCCAAGAUUUGGUAUUUCUUCUUUCCCUCAAUAUACAACAAACCGGAGAACAGUUAUAAGCUAACAUUAUUUGAAGCAUGGACCAUGUCUAAAUCUCGACAAGCAAAUAGACUUGUCAAAUCACCUAUUCUCCAUGCUAAUAGUGUCAUUGCAUUAACAGGAUUGUUAAUAAAUGCUAAAGAGGAGGAUGGAUUUGGAAGGGUAAAGCAAUCAAUCGGGAGUGUUCUAACGUGCUUAGAAAAAUCAAUGUACUCAUUAGGCAAAUUUAAUGAUUUAGAAAUACCAUCGCAUCAAAUUGUACCGUUUGCUAAAAAGAUUGCAAACGCAAAUGAAGAAGCAACUCCAUCUUCACCAGCCCCUGAUAUCAUAUCAAUAUUAUAUGAUUUAUCCGUUAGCGCAUUCUUGGAAUUAGUGUUAAAGUACGAUACCGUAUUAGACGACGUAUACCUUGAUACUGAAGUAAGAAGACUGAGUGAAUGGAUAUUGAACAUAUACCGUAAUUAA